AACUGCAAAUCCGGUGUAAAAAAACUGACAGUCAUUUCCUGCUUUUCAUGAUAUUAAAAGAGGUGGUUUUAGUGAGGGUUCAGUGAGCAUUUCUGUCCCUUCACUGAUAGAAGAUUCUGAAGAUUCAGGGCCUCAGUGAAGAACCCAACAUGCAGUUCAACCAGAUUAUGACGAUGAGUCUUGCUGCCAUUGCUGUCAUUAUGUCAGUGAUGCUCUCAGGGACGAAUGGACAAAUCCACAACAAGCCCAUUGAAUGCUGCACAAGCGUCUCCGACAAGGAAAUCACGUUACCUAUAACAGGAUUCAGACUUCAGAAAAGAAAUCCUCCUUGUGUCAAUGCUGUCAUUUUCUUCACAGCUGAAGGUCAGAGAUGUAGCCACUGGAAGGAGAGCUGGGUGAAGCAAAAAAUCCAGGAGCUCAAAAAAAUUCAACUUCAAGAAAGGGGGACGAAGAUGAACAGCACUGACUCUACACCCUCUCCAUACAACUCUACAGUACAUCUGCUUCGACUGCAUAAAUAGAUUUCAUUCAUUUUUAAAGUAUAUACCAUUUUUUAUUUAUUACAAUGUAAUUUAACAUUGUAUAAAAAUGUGGCAUUACAUGUAUUUAUUAGAUUUUUUUAAAGUAUUUGGAGCUGCAAUAAUUUGAUGACUAAAGCCAUUUAUUAUACUGUAUG